CCCUAAAUUUAUCUAAUUAGUAAUGCAAUUUUUUAAUUUUGCCCUAAAUAUUUUUUGAUUAUUAAUAGGCAUGUUAAUAAUUACCCAUCUUGCUCAUUUAAUUCACAAAUAAGUAUUUAAUUUGAACAAUGUCGAAAUAGAAUCAGCAUUAAUGUUAAUCCUCAUUGAUUGAAAAACAAAUUUUUUUGUUCAUUUAAUACCUAUUCCCAGGUUACUGCCCAUUAAUUGCAGCAAAAAAUUGAUUGUUCAUUUAAUAGCAGUUGAUUAUUUACGAGUACAAUUUUAAACCACAAUGAGCAUAAAUUUAAUGCUUAUUAAUCCAAAACCCGAAAUUUUUUGUUCAUUUCAUACAACAAUGAGCAAAAAUUUACUGCUCAUACCAAUUGCUUAGACUCUUUGAAUGUAGAAUAAGCAUGCUCAUUAUCAUUCUUUGUUAUAUCAUUAUUUGCUCAUUAAUAACAUAAUGAAUAUUGAUCAUGAACAUUGAAUUGCUCAUGAAAAACAUAACAACAACUACUCAUUUAAAAACUAUACAUUGUUUUAUCAUUUUAAAAAUGUGCAGAAAUAUAUUGUUCAAGUAUGCUUUGCUCAAGUAUAGUUGUUUUCUCAUUGUGCUAAACUUUUCACAAAAUUUCCUGCUCAUUAGGCUGUUUUACUUGCGUUUCUUUUGCGUAGUUGACCCACCAAAUGAAGAUGACACUAUUUGUUUACAAGAAUCACAAGAAUUUGAGCUAUUGAGUAAAAUUGUGAAUACAGAGAAAAAGGCAUAUGAGCUCUAUAAUGAGUAUGCUUUUAGAAUUGGUUUUGGUGUUCGUGUUUCAAAGUUAAGAAAGCGACAAAAUGGAGUAAUAAAGGGUAGAGAAUUCUGCUGCAAUAAAGAAGGAAAAAAGCAAGAAAAAUCUGAUAAACAAUAUACAAAGCUUGACAGAAGAACUGGAUGCAAGGCAAUGGUUUAUUUUGAGAUAGAUAAGAACAAUCAAUAUGUUGUUGUACGACAUAAAAUGGAGCACAACCACACAUUCUGUCCACGUGGCUUAGUGCAUCACGUAAGAUCUCAACGGAGUAUAACGCAAGCUGAAGUGAACUAUCUAGCUCACUUGAGGAGUAAAGGUGUAGGUGUAGCAAAUGGGUACCGUUGUUUAAAGGCUGAAACAGGAAGCUCUCCUGCCCUUGGCUUUAACUUGCAAGACGCAUAUCAAGCCGUUUUAAAUGAAAACAAAAAAAACUUUGAUGGAAGUGAUGCAAACACCUUGAUAAAUUAUUUCAAGCAAAGAAAAGCAAAUGAGGAUGAUUUCUAUUAUGAUUAUGAGAUUGACACAGAUAGGUCACUAUGUAGCUUUUUUUGGAGGGAUAAGACAAUGAAAGCAGAUUACAUAGCCUUUGGUGAUCUACUAGUAUUUGACACAACAUAUAAUACCAACAAGUAUGGUCUUGUAUGUGCUCCAUUAGUUGGAAUGAAUUACCACACUCAUAAUUGCAUGUUUGGAUGUGGAUUCCUCCUAAAUGAGAGAAUAUCUUCUUUUGUAUGGUUAUUCACAACAUUCUUGAAAUCCAUGGAUAACAUCCAUCCAAAAACAGUCAUGACAGAUCAAGCUCUUGCAAUGGCUUCAGCUAUUUCUAGUACUUUCCCGGAUGCAAAACAUAGACUGUGUACAUGGCAUAUAGGGGAAAAUUCAAAGAAACACAUCAGGCAUUUAAGGGAUAUACCUGAAUUCUUGGAUGAGUACAAAAUUAUCAUGAAGAAAUGUCACACAGAAGAAGAAUUCAACUACCAUUGGAACAAGAUGGUAACACAACAUAAUUGUGCAAACAAUCCAUGGCUCUUACAAAUUUAUAGUAUAAAGGACAAAUGGUGUCGUUGCUUUGGCAAAGACAAAUUUUCCGGAGGUGUAUUGUCUUCCCAAAGGAGUGAAUCUACAAAUCAUUCCUUGUCAAGAAGACUAAACAAAAGCACAUGUUUGUGUGACUUUUACAACGCAUUUUGUGAAGUCAUCGGUGAAUGGAGAAGCAAUGAGGAAAAGAUAAUGAAAGAUGUUGGGAAGGUUAUCCACAAAUUGUUGUGCCCUAUGUGAGUAUUCUACACUAUGCCUCUAGACAUUAUACUAUUGAAGCCUAUAAGGUUUUUCAAAAAGAAUUCACAAAGGGAAUGUCUUUUAGACACGAAUUGCUAUCACAAGAUAAUAAUAUCCUGAUAUUUCUAGUUCGGAAAUCAAAAGAGGAUAUUUUUGGACAUGUUGUGACUUACGAUGAAAUCAACAACAAUGUUUGUUGCACUUGUAAAAGGUUUGAGGAAAAGGGCUUCUUAUGUAGGCAUAUACUAAGGAUUUAUCAUAUGUACUCUGUUGAAACACUACCAACUGUCUUCAUGUUGAACCGUUGGA